AUGUCCACUUCAAGCGGGGCGUCCACUGCAAGAUUUCACUGUGCUCCACCACGACGCACCAUUCGGGAGGGCGCGAGCAUGCCAAGCCCGAGCCAAGCCCGAGCCCAACCUGCGCGACAUCUUCGAGUCAUGGGCAUGCAUAACCAUGACACAGUGGUGUUGAUCGGCGGCGGCCACAUCUUCGACGAGGACGCGACGAGCGCCAGAGCCGGCAGGAGGAGGCGCUGCAAGCGGCCGACCGACUGUGACGGAGGUGCUGAAGCCCGUCGAGGACGUGAGCUAGGCGAAGUAGCUGGAGGCGGUGCAGGACCUGGCGGUGCUGCUGAAGGGCCUCAAGGUGCGGUGCAAAGCUGUUAG